AUGGCUUCCAGAUACCAUAAACACCAAGCUCCUCUCGCAGCCGAUCUCAUCGACCUCUCUACUGAGGAAGAGCUCUAUUCGGUCAGUGAAGAAGAGCCCACGCAACGAAACGCAAAUGAUCUCCGCCUCACUCAGGCAAUCAACUACUUAGCUGAAGAAGGAGGCGACGAUUCUCCGACGACCUACAUUCUUCGUGUUGAUCGCAUUGACGAGGCUCUCCUUCAGCAACUUCCUCUAGGGGGCCGUGACUUUGACCUGAAGCUAUAUCGCCGUCUUCAAGCUAUGGUCCGUGGAGUGCAGCGUGAGUAUGCGGAAGCUGUGGAGGAGAAUUCUGGCCGAACUGAGGCUAGUGAUGACGAUCUGCCCGAGUAUUAUACCUCAUAUGCAGCGGAGGAGGCCUUGUACAAAGAGGCGGAUGAGGCUGAGGAACCGCCAGUCAGGCCCUCUGCGCCUCUCAGAUCUAGAGUAGGAGGAUCCAAAGACAACGUGCAGCGCGAGAAGGAGUUCAAGUACGGUGGUCCACGCAAUGAGCUCGAGAAUUGGCACAGAGAAUUCCCAGCAUCCCUCCCCUUUCCCGAGACACUGCAGAUGGCGCAUUGGGAAAGUCUCAAGAUUGACUACGAUCUCUCGAGAUCCGCCGAGGAUGGCCCCAACGUCGUCGAGAAUAGUAUCCCGUUCAACCACCCGCAGCUGGAGCAAUACAAAGACUUGCACCAGUAUGACUCUGGAUCACGCUACAAGCUCCCCUUGCCGGUACCCAGCGACGAGGAACGAAUCAAUGAACUCGGAACCGAGCAAAAGCUCAAGGAGGCUGUUAAUGCGUUCAACAUAGGCUACAGAGAUGAGGAAAUUACCAAAGACUACGCCCCGCGUGUAGUUUUAGACAAGUUCGUAGUAGGCCGACAAGUGAGCCCUACAGCUAUCCGCCAAUCCAUUAAUAUUACGCCUACCAAGCCUCGUCGAACAAGCAAUGUUAGCGUCGCUUCAUCGGUCGGCAGUAAAAAUAGACGAAUCUCCUCGGAGCGUACGCUGCCUUUUAUCAUCGAAGAGGGCUUAGCUGACGGCAUAUUUACAGUCGCAGACACGGAUUCACCUGAGCCGCCCGUUGAAGCUCCUGCGAAGAGGCCCCAAACGCCAAGGUCGCCGUCUCAGGUGUCGACGUCGCAAUCAAAGGCAUCUAGGGCUUUCAGAAGGAUUUCCGACUCGCGCAGAGAGGCUCUCCGCGCGAGUCCGAGACGCGAGAGUGUGUCAUCGACCGGUAAACAGACUAGAGUCAAGAAGCACGCAGCCCGUAUUGAAAUUCCUGUAAAGCGUGGCCUGAGUCGUCCUCGGAAGGUUCCCAAGGCAAAGGCACCUGCGCCAGCAGUCGAGGCCACACUGAGUACAAAAACCCUCGGGAAGCGUAAACGCAGCGCCGGCUCAGAGACUUACACGCCGGACGGCAAGCGCAAGAAAAGCGUAGGAUCCGAGGAGUUUACUCCCUCCUCGCUCAAGAAGAAAACUCGCGCCACUGCUAGGAAUAAGGAAGAAGAGGGCGCCUAA